AAACGUCAUCAGGCUGCGUCUGGACGGUCAGGAAAGAGAUCAGUCAUCAGUUCCGCCGUCGCAAUGGAAUCAAACAAGGACGAAGCGGAGCGCUGCAUCGAAAUAGCGAUCGCAGCGCUGCGAGAGAACGAUCCCGACAAAGCCAAGCGGUUCCUCGAGAAGGCGCAGAGACUGUUUCCCACCGACAAGGCGAGAUCUUUACUAAAGUCUAUUGCUGAGAAUGGAGGACCUUCUACAAGUGAAGAAAACAUUAGAGAAAACGAUGGAUUACGAAACCGAAGUCACAACACUGAAGAUCACUCCUCUGGACAGGGUGCCACAGAAUCAGCCAAGCCAUACACAUCAGAGCAACUGGAUGCCGUCAAAAGAAUUAAGAGAUGUAAAGACUAUUAUGAGAUUCUUGGAGUCAGUAAAGAAGCCUCUGAGGAGGAUUUGAAAAAAUCUUACCGAAAGCUAGCUCUAAAGUUUCAUCCAGAUAAAAACCAUGCACCUGGCGCCACUGAAGCAUUUAAAGCUAUAGGUAAUGCUUACGCAGUUCUAAGUAACACUGAGAAAAGAAGGCAGUAUGAUGUUUAUGGUGAAGAAAAAGCCAAUCCGACUCACAGGCACAGGACCCAACACAGGAAUUUCGAGGCAGAUAUUUCCCCUGAGGACCUUUUCAAUAUGUUCUUUGGAGGUGGAUUUCCUACCAAUAAUGUGCAUGUGUACAGCAAUGGCAGGAUGAGGUUUGGUCAUCAACAGCGACAUGAACGACGAGAACAACAGAGAGAAGGUGGCCUUGCCUUGUUUGUACAGCUGAUGCCAAUACUCAUUCUGAUCAUAGUCUCUGCUCUCAGCCAGAUGAUGGUUUCCAGUCCCCCAUACAGCCUCAGCCACAGACCAUCCAUGGGCCACACAAUCAGGCGACACACUCCCACUCUGAAGGUGCCUUACUAUGUAGGCGACCACUUCUCAGAAGAAUACACGGGGAUGAAUCUUAAGAAUGUUGAACAAAGCGUGGAGGAGGACUAUAUUUCAAACCUGAGAAACAAUUGCUGGAAGGAGAAGCAACAGAAGGAAGGCUUGUUGUAUCGGGCACGUUACUUUGGAGACACCGACUUAUACCAAAGGGCACAGAAGAUGGCAACACCCAGCUGCUCGAAACUUUCAGAUAUACAGGUUCUGAUACACGGCCAUUGAGUAGCAGAAUGUGGUGUCCUGUUCAGACGUCAUUUGAAGAUGAUAAUAUACAGAAAUGUUCUGUUCUCUUUGCUAAAAUAGGACAUUGCAUUGCACCAGUUCAGGAGAAACAAAGAUAGCCCAUCCUGGUGCCACAUGGGUUCCCUCUCAUCUCUCCUUCAAAAUCUUAGGAAAAUCACAACUCACGGAAGAUCGUUUUAUAUAUGGAUUUAAAUAUGUAAUAAAUUAAAAAGCAUUGGAUGAUUUACUGGUAGAGAGAAAAGUACACAGCUAUUAAAUGGUAAUCAAUG